AUGAAGCUGCGUAAGCUGGAGGAGCUGCUCGACGAUGUGGAGGCCUUCCCCAAGCCCAAGGUGAAGCUCGAGCAAUACCCCACCAGCCCUCACAUCGCGGCGCACAUGCUGUACACCAUCGCCAACGCCUACGACGAAAUAGAGGGCCGCUGCAUCGCCGACCUGGGCUGCGGGUGCGGCAUGCUCUCCAUCGCCGCCCAGCUCAUGGGCAGCGGGUACACGAUCGGGCUGGACAUCGACGACGAUGCCCUCGAGGUCGCCCAGGAGAACGCUCGGGAGUUCGAGCUCGAGGACCAGAUGGAGUUCGUGCGCUGCAACGUGGCGGAGCUGCUGCCCUCCCAGUUUGCACACAAGGUGGACACCGUCAUCAUGAACCCGCCCUUCGGCACCAAGAUCAAGGGCAUCGACAUGGUCUUUCUCGAAAAGGCCCUGCACGUGGCGGAGGUGUCGGUGUAUUCGCUGCACAAGAGCUCGACGCGCGCCCACAUCGCGCGCAAGGCCGAGCGGCAGUGGGGCGUGAAGGCGGAGGUGGUGGCGCAGCUGCGAUUCGACAUCCCGCAGAUGUACCGCUUCCACAAGCGCGAGAGCGUCGACGUGGAGGUCGACCUCUGGCGGUUCGACUCCAUCCCGGCCACCGCCGCUGCCGCUGCGGCGCCGCCCAAGAGGCGCACCCACCUCAAAUAA